GAGUGUGUCUAGAUUACACACAACUACCAGUAUUGACAGCUGCCUUCCCCUUCCCUUUAAAACAUUGUAAUCCUAUUAAUUAAAGCAUGCUCCUGAUUGGGCGGGCGGUGUGUCCCAACAGGCGACUCUCUGUAAUAAGCUGAAAGUGCGCUGGCGAGUCAGGCACAUCGUUGCCGGAGACCGGGCUGGCUGGAGAACGAGCCGGGCUAAGCCGAGCUGAGCUGGAGAACGAGCCGUGCCGAGCCGUGCCGAGCCGGGCUGAGCUGGGCUGAGCUGAGCUGAGCUGUCGUCCUCAGGAUUUAAUUUUAAUUCAAUUCAAAAGGCGCUGCACUUUUAACACGGGGGAGGUCACACACGAGGAGCGGGUCCGUUUGGGUUCCAACGAUGAACGUUGCGGAGGGAGAUCUGUUUCACAGCAGCGCCGGCAUUUCUCUCAAAGCGAGGGACAUCGUGAAUGACACAUUCAUCGAGCGCUACGCUCACUCCACGUUCAGCUACGGCGGUGCUGUCCGCGGUGCUGAUACCAGGGAGGGCUGGGUUGCCGGCCAGAGCUGCGGUCCCUACACCCUGGGCCACGGAGCCAAGGCCGCCGAGAGCAGCGAGGAUCAGACUGAGGACGACGAGGACAGCGACGGCCGAUCUGCCGGCAGUGCUCGCAACGCGGGCAGCGACACCGAGGGCAAACUCAAAAGUUCGGGGGGAAAGAAGGGCAAGGAGCCGCGCUCGCUGCGGCUCAGCAUCAACGCGCGGGAGAGGCGGAGGAUGCACGAUUUAAACGAUGCCCUCGAUGGCUUGAGAUCCGUCAUCCCCUACGCCCACAGCCCCUCCGUGAGAAAACUGUCCAAAAUCGCCACCUUACUGCUGGCGAAAAACUACAUUCUGAUGCAGGCUCAGGCUCUAGAUGAAAUGAGGAGGCUGGUGGCGUAUUUGAACCAGGGGCAGACUCUGUCCGGACCCAUGCCCUCUGCGGCCGCGCUGACCAACACUCUUAGCACCUUUGGACAAGCCGCAGUCUACCCCUUCACUGGCAACUCGCUCGCGUCUUGCCCCGACAAAUGCACCGUGUAUACCGGCACACCCUCCAGCCUUUGCAAACAUUGUAACGACAAGUCUUAAUCAACGUGUCACUCCCAUCCAUCCAUCCAUCCAUCCAUCCAUCCAUCCAUCCAUUCACACCUCCCCAUCCCGCCGAAUAUCGAAAGGACUUCCUCUCUCAUUUUUUCCUCCCUUCAUUCCAUACCCAAUCUGACUCAUCUACAUCUGUUCUCCAGUUAAUAGACUCCUUCUGCGGGAGUUCCUACGCUGUGUCCACACACAGCUUAUCGCGUCCCUUUACCUGUUGUACAAUGCGGUCCACUUGCUGUGAAUAGAUAGACGGCUCGUAUAUAAAAAAAAAGACUUUUGGAAAAAUGUGAGUUACUUUUUUACUGCACUCCUUUGACCGUUCAACAGUUGUUAAAACUAUGCAACAUCUACAGACGUAAGAUAUUGAUUGAUUUCCCAGUAAAUCUGGCGGCACGCUGCCACGAAUAGCAGAGUUCACGGAGGCGAUGGCGUUUAUAUUUCUGCCUAAGUUUAAAGAAAAAUUACUAUAUUUUGUCAACAUUUACCCUGAGCGCACAUUUGAUGACAAUGGGGAAAACAUUUACGUUGCAGUUAAAGUGAUGAAUGUGCGAAUUCCGCCGUUUAAAAGGGGAAUGAUUGUAUAUUAAAUGUGUUGAAAUGCCACAGACCCGUGCACUUAAUAAGAGCUGUUUAAGGUAAACAUUAUUCGCGCUGGUGCUUUUCACCAAACUCAUUGAAAAAAAUAUUGUCCUGAUAAAUAGAUUUCCCAAAUCACUUCAAUUUGUUCAACUCGACUAUCGACUGCUUCGUUCAUGUACAUGUAUUAUCGAAUAAAUUUAACAGGAUUAAAUAUACCGUGGAUUAUGUCAUUUGUUAGUUUGACCAGAUACGAACAAUUCUUCCAACAAUGG